GUAGAAACGUGUGACGCACGCUCACGUGUUAGUGUGACCUAGUUCAUAAUUAGCGACUGCUGCCAGCAAUUUUGCUUCCGCUCACUCGCGCGACGCGACGAGCCUCUGACCACCGCCAACCCAUGCCACCACCAACCGGGCUCUCAAAGACGCGCGUGGCCCAGUGGCGAUUGACCGUCGAUCUGCAAGACGACGCUGCCGGAGAGGUCUCGUUGCCUGUGCUGCACCACACGAAUGCGUCGCGCGUGACGAGGCUGGUGGGCGACGCCAAGAGGUUCCUGGUCGUCUGCUUCUCGAAGAAAUCGAAAGAUCGCUUCAUCAAAGAGUGGCUAGAGGCUAAUACUCGGGACGAGUCGGAGAUCUUGUUGCAGGACCAGGAAGUAUACAAGUACUUUGGGUACACCGAGAACAAUCUCAAAUCCAGCCAAGUGCUGUACUUUCGAGAAGGCUCGGACUUCACCGUCGCCUCUUUGCUGGAAAGCCUGGGCCAGGUCAGGGCGGUCUAUGACAAGGAUGGACCUGGCAAAUUCUGUGCCCGUCUCGGGCUGUCUUUCUCUUCUACUGUACCGUCGAUCAAUAUCCUUCCAGAAGAGCGAUGCGAACUACCCGACCUCAGAGCUGACGACGGCUCGCUCACCACAGACGGGGUCGGGCUCGUUCCCCAGUCAUUCGCAUCAGAGGUCACCGCUAUACUCGAUAUCCCCCAGGACACGUCCGCAUGGCAAAUCCGCCUCGGUGGCAUCAAGGGCAUGGUCACUGUCAUCCCUGACGACCUGUUCCACCGGCUUUGCGGCGGUGUGACGGGCAAGAAACUGGUGUACCGCCCGUCGAUGCUCAAGUAUUCAGGCGGCCCCAAUAUGCUUGAGAUUCAGAAUGUAUCCAAGGCAGCCAAAGCCGGACGGCUCAACAAGCAGUUUAUUCUGCAACUACUGACCCGUGGGAUCCGGCUCGAAGUCUUCGAGGACCUGCUUCGUCUCCAGAUUGAGCAGAUCGACGAUAUCCUUACGAAUCGUGAGCGGGCGCUCGAAUGCGUCGAGGGCGACCUGGAUUCGGACGGGGCAGCUUUCUUCCAGGACUUGUACGAGAUGCUCCUCGCCGGAUUCGAUGCCACAGAGCCCUACGUUGCAACGCAGCUUCAGCGGUUCCGAAAGCACUUUCUCGAUAGUCUGCGGAACAAACUGAACAUCUCAGUCAAGGGCUCGUAUAAUCUGUACGGCGUGGCCGAUCCGAGCGACGUCCUCAAGGAAGGCGAGGUGUACGUCAAUCUGCCGAGCAAGGGCGGCGUGCAGGUCGGCCCUGUCGCUGUCUUGCGGAGUCCUGCGUACGAUCCCAACGGGGUGCGAGUGCUGGUGGCCGUGGACAGGCCCGAGUUGCGGUUCCUGACGAACUGCGUUGUGUUCUGCACGGGUGGAUCGCACAGCGAGACCGAUCGGAUGGGCGGAGGGGAUCUGGACGGGGACAUGUUCUUCACCAUCUUCGAUCAAUCACUCAUCCCCAGUGCGCGCGACUUUCCUGAUCCCGCGCCCAAGCAGCAGCACGCGCCGGCCAGCGCAUCCGUCACCAUCGGUGGGCGUACACACACCGCGGCGGGGAAGAAGCAGUUCAAGGACCUGCGGGCCGACGCGGUCAGGACAUUCGUCGAUCUGCACGGGAACAUGCUGGUCGGACAGAUCGACAAGGAGUGGAUGGCGAACGUCGUGCGGUCGCCCGAGCUGGCGGACUCGGACUCGUGUCGGAGGUUGUUGCCGAUGAUGGAGACUGCUUUGGACCUGGUGAAGAGCGGUGGGAGCCUGGCCGGACUGAAAACCGACCUCAAUAUGUUUAGGUUGCGGAACAAGCCGCCAACGCAGGUUCCCGGCUGGGAGGACCCUCUACUGCUGCUCAGCCGGCUGGUUCCUAUAGCAGAAGCACCGGCCAGCACGUUUGUGUGCGACCCGCAGCUGGUGCUCCUGAAUUCGACAUCGGAGCAGGCGUGGAGCGAGUCGUGUGCGGAGGCGAGGAAGAUCAUGAGGCAGUACAACCAGUCGCUGCAAGCCGCCAUCCAGGCUGACAAGGAUGCGAAGGAGGCUGGAUGGGAUGAAGACAUGAAACGCGCUGAUGUGCUGAAGCAGGAGAUAUUGGCCAGAUAUUUUCCGAUGCCGAUGGCGAAUGUACUCGAAGAUACACCUAGGUACCUGCUUCAAGCUUCCGUGUGGUAUUAUGUCGGAUACCAGCAUGAGAAACCCUCCUUUGCCUGGCUUGCUGGACGGUGGCUUUGUCACCUCAAAACAGUCCACAGCGGAACUUUUCCUAUAUCGGUUGGCCGACAAGCCCUUCCUCUGUCAGGAUCCAAUACUGCUGUCCCAACAGCCAUGGCAGUCCCGGUUUCGUAUCCGUCUUCCAGUCGUCCUCGGGCCACUACCCGACGCCUGGCUCGAGAGAAUACGGAUGAAACCCUCGUCGACCUAGAUACCGCAUCCGGGCCGAUGCCCGUGUCACCCAAGCCUCGCCAUCCUACACGCAACCCAUUCGUGGAGUCGCCCGUCAGCGUCUCUGCGCCACUCGCUGCAGCGCCCGCUCCUUUCUCCGACGCGCGCGUGACGCUUCGGAAACACAAACCAACCCGUGACCCUCCGCGUGAGCAGCGUCCCCCGCCCGCAGAGAGCGCAUCAUGUGCCCCACCGCGUCGGACCCGGCUCCCGGCUGACCAUACGUGUCGCUUCGAGAUCCAGUCGCCGACGAAGCGGCGUGUGUGCCGCUGCGGUGCGAUCUUGCACGGCAGCGAGAGUGUGUUCUGACCCGCCUUUCGAUUCUGAAUACCCGAGAGCUGUACAUAUCGACUGGACUGACGCUGAGUAUCUUGUUGCGCUAGUAUUGUAUUUACCUGCUAAUGGAAGUAGAUAGAUGUACGAGAUCUGUAUAUACUGUAUGUGUGUAGUGCCACUUUCUUGAGAUUCGAAUGCAGAAGAGAGCGUACCGGGUGCUCGACAGCAGCCGCGCCCUCGGCCAUCUCGGUCGACGGCCCAUGGAGAGCGGAGGGUGCAGGCCCGGAGGGAGAUGGCGGCUCAGCACAGCACCGCAAGAUGCGUACACAUCCGGUCCCAUGGAGCGCAGCGGAUCCGGGAUCCCCAGGUUGCGUGAUGCCCAUCGCUCAUCGUGACGGGCACUGGGAUUGCCAUCGACGUCGAGGUACUUACGGCGCUCAAUGAAUCCAGGUACCGAGGACAUACAUCAUCCAUCAUCUGAUCGUCGUGGGAGUAGGAGGACGUGGGGGUUGAUUGGACGCUGCGACACGUCUCUGCGGAGUCUGGGCUACGGGUCUGCUGCCUCCAGGCGACUGGGCGCCCGGUCCGAGCAACGCCGGGGCAAUUUGUCGCUACUCGUGAACGGGACAUGUCUGUCCGCUCGACGGACGAGCGGCGGUGAUGGGGACGGCGGGGACAGCAGACCAGCAGGCGUCGAUGUCCAGAGGGCGAAAUCGAAAGCUGCCUGAGGGACUCUCGAGUCGAUCUCACCUUCUCGGAGGCAUUGUGCCAGAGAACUCGAGCGGCUCGGGCGAAGCCGAAACGCGCGUGAGCGUGCUGACGAGACACAUCAAGUUCACGAAGCAGGGGAAUCAACGAGCAACCGCGACUCAACGCCCAUCACUCUGCGAUGAUUCAUCCCGCUGGAUACCCCUAGACUGCUACUCUGUGGCAGAGAUGGAGGCCUUCCAUGACAAUUAUCCCAACGCUGCAGUCCCCGAGCGUCUCCGGCGCUGUUUAAUCUAUUCCUAAGCUGCCCUGACGAGUCAUGGAGGAGUUUGACCUGGAAACACAGUGCGACCGCCUAGGACGCAAGUGGGGAAUCUGUGCCAUCGGGUCGUCUAGCAGCCACAGCUGGAGAUGGUCCCUCCGCGAUGCUACUGGGCUCUGCUCUCCGUUGUUAUGAUGCGUGCACGGUACUAUAAGUACGACGCUAGUCGUGCUCUGGAAAGCACAACCCGCAAAAACACUCUCAACUCCAUUCAACAAAAGAACCUACUCACCAAAUACUAUGUCGCAGCAACUGAACUGGGCUCCGAAGAGGCAUCAGCUGAAUAAAGGCAAGGCCUGCUUGAACUGCAGGUUCGUCUGACUUGCCCGCCGUGGCAGCAUGUCUCGUUAACCGCAUGUCCUCCUCAAGACGGCGGAAAGUUAAAUGCGACGCCAAGAAACCGAUCUGCUCUCCGUGCGAGCGCUUCACCGGAGGUGGAUGCGUUGACUGCGAGUACUCCGAUUCCGGCAUGGCCCAGUCUCAGAUACUUGAAGAACAAAUCACCAUCGUCCAAUCCAGGAUUCGCGAGCUCGAGCAGCCGCAUGCGAUGAAUCGCUCGGUGAUCUUGCAGAAUCCUUUUGGGCCGGACUACGUUCAACACAUGUUUGAGGACCCGUCCGAUUUUUUCGCCGCCGCUGGGCCUGCUACUUCUCGCAUUCCGUAUGAGCUGCUGUGUGUC